AUGUUCAACACUUCUUUAAAUGAAAUCCUCUACAGGCAAGGUUGAAAUUCCGUUGUGUUUAACCAUCUGCAAAGUACUCAAGUUAAAAUCAAUAUGUCUGUACUCAAGUUGAAAUUCAACAUGUCUACUUUUCACAAAAAUAAACUACAGUCUAUACCAUAAAAAAGUAUAUAAUUAUUAAAAAUUUAAGCGAGUAUUGUGAUUUUUCAAGCUGGUUUUAACUUAAUUGAAGGAGCACAGUUGUACAUACUAAGCGAGCGCAGUUGUACAUGCGGCGUGAAACGUGACGUUUUUCGCACUUGUGCAAAAUUAGGGGUGGCGCUAGGGAGUGGCGUAAUUACACGCCUCAAUAAUCAAUGUGGCUCACUAUAUAAUAAAAGUGGGCCUAAUUAACACAGAGUCUUCAAUCUUCAACAUGAAUUUUGGUCUCCGAACAUGAUGUAAUAUAUGAACAACGAGAGCGAGUGUUUCACCGGGAUAACCAAACACGAGAAAGAAAUGUAUGAAAACACGAGCGCGAAGCGCGAGUGUUUUCAUACAUUGUUUUCGAGUGUUUGGAUAUCCCGGUGAGACACGAGCUCGAGUUGUUUAUAUGGCUUCUCAAAUGAAUCGAGACGUAACAGAAUGUUUUCAUUUGCGCAUGCUGAUUUGAAUAGAAUUCUUAACCAAGCAUAACGUAAUUAGGAAUUCUAUUCAAGUAAUUUUGCAUGCAUAAUUAUGAUAUUUGAUGAAAACCCUAUAGUGACUUUCAUCAAGUAUCCAAAUGGUAUCUUGUGAUCAAAUAGGUGAUUAUCGUUGGCUGAAUUGCUCAUGAAUUAUUAAUGAUUUGAGAAAAAUAGUAUCAAGACUAUCAAGUUACAUUAUUGCCAUAUAUGUCGUGAUGACACAAAGUCACAUCGCACAGCAGGUGACACUGUGACUUUAAAAAAGCUCCUAUUUCUACACAUCUGCAGGUGAUCCACGAGUCCAAGGGGACCGUGGACCAGCAGGUCCUGAAGGUCCCAAAGGAAUACAAGGUGAAUCUGGAAAGGUUGGAGUGACUUAUAUCCGGUGGGGGAAAAAGAUCUGUCCGAAUACUGGAGCUACAUUGGUUUAUAAAGGUAAUAAGACUAAUAAUAAUAGACCGAUUCGAAAAAUGGUUGUCAUUCUUUUUCUCUUCCGAAAUUAGGUUCCACCAAGGUAAUCACCGCCGUGUUAUAGAAUACUUCAAGACUAACAGUUUUUUAAGUAUAAACACAGUACCAUGCAUUUAUUGGAUGAGGUUUUUGUGAUAUCCGGAAUUAUCAAUGUCGAGAAGAGCUAUCAAUCGAGCCAAGCGCGAGACUUGAUCACACUUAACAAAACCUUCAUAAUGCAUACCUGCGCCAGCGAAUUAAGUAGUCUUCGAGUAAUCGAGUGCCCUCUAAUUUUCAACAUGCUGGCCACAACCUUGUAGAACGACUGACACACUUUAUAAGUAUGACAACUCCCCUCGCACCCCCAUUCAAUGUUGUUUCGGUCAGUUGUUCCAGAUUUUCAAGUAUGAUAGUUAGAUAAAAACAACAUUGAAUGUGGGGAGGGAGAGGAGGUGAUAUGCGGAUAUAUAAGGUGAACAACGUCCGUCGUUCUACGGUUUUUGGCCAAGAUUGUAGGUAUUCUUUAUUUUGUAGGUAAAUAUCCAACAUUUUUUUGGUUUUUAGGUUAUGUUGGAGGAACUUAUUUUGAUCAAAGUGGCGGUGCUUCUAAUUACGUAUGUUUGACACGUGAUCCCAUCUAUGCAAAAUAUCAAUCUUGUUAUCAAGACGAUCGUUCACGAAUCUUUGGCGCAGAAUAUCAAACAUACUCUACUGGCAUAUACCCCAGUAGUCUGUACAACCACGAUGUCCCAUGCGCAGUGUGUCAUGUGACCAAACGUGCUUCACAGAUGAUGAUACCAGGUCGUAACGUAUGUCCCGCGGGAUGGACACGCGAAUACAAAGGAUACUUGAUGGCCGAAAGGCACAAUCACCAUCGCACAAUGUACACAUGUGUGGAUGAAGCUCCUGAUUACACGCGAGGAACCCACGCUGAUCGUGGCGGUGCUUUGUUUUAUUUUGUUCAAGGAGAGUGUGGUUCACUUCCCUGCAAACCUUAUAUUGAGGGGCAUGAGUUGACAUGCGCAGUAUGCACUCGUUAA